CACAUUUGGUCUUCUUUUCCUCUCCCACUCAAUACUCUACUACCAUACCAGUAAAUACCCCCCCUCUCCCCCCCCCCCUAAAAAAACACACCCAUGAAUUCUCCAACACACACCGGCGGACGGCCGGCGACCACCGCCGAGGGAUCGUCGCGAUCCGCCACCGGCCCCCGUCAGCCGCCGCCUAGCCGGUACGAGUCCCAAAAGCGGCGCGACUGGAACACGUUUAGCCAGUACCUAAAGAACCAGAGACCGCCGGUCCAGACGAUGGCGCAGUGCAACUUCAACCACGUGCUGGAAUUCCUCCGGUACCUCGACCAGUUCGGGAAGACUAAGGUUCACGUGCACGGGUGCGCAUUCUUCGGGCAGCCGGACCCUCCGUGCCCCUGCGCCUGCCCGCUCAGGCAAGCCUGGGGCAGCUUGGACGCGCUGGUGGGGCGCCUCCGAGCCGCCUACGAGGAGAACGGCGGGUCGCCGGAGAAUAACCCGUUCGGGAGCGGCGCCGUUCGGGUUUUUCUCCGGGAAGUGAAGGAAAGCCAGGCUAAGGCGAGAGGAAUUUUGUACAAAAAGAGGAAAAAGAAGAGAAGGAAUGUGACAAAUCCGAUUCAUAAUAGUCCAUAAUAAUAAUAAUGUCGAGUGACUUGGAAAUUGAAACAGUCCAGUUUGUUGUUGUUGUUGGCCAAAUAUCAGAAAAUGAUUGGUAAGUAUUUCUUCCAAUGCAACUAUUUGAACACUAAUCAUCAAUUUAUGUGUUCAUAAAUAUUUCCUUGCACGUGGAAUUAAAUUUGUGACUUUUC